AUGGCGGUUGACCUAAUGAGUUUCAGGAAGGUCGACGAUCAGAUUGCGAUCCAGGAAGCAGCCGCUCAAGGCCUGCAGAGCAUGGAGCACCUGAUCCGCGUCAUGUCCCGUCACCAACAGCAGUCCAACAGCCAAACCACCGCCGCCGCCGAUUGUACGGAUCUCACGGAAGUCACCGUCUCCAGGUUCAAGAAGGUCAUCUCCCUCCUCAACCGCACCGGCCACGCCCGCUUCCGCCGCGCUCCCCUCCACCCUAAUUCCUCCUCUUCCUCCUCCUCCUCCGCCCCCGCUGCCGCCGGAUCGCCGCCGCUUUCGUCGCCUUCUUUCCCGACACCUCCAGCUCAAUCGUUCGCUGCGCUUCGCGUUGCGGCCGUACAGCCGAGGCCGGCGGUCAUCCAAUUGACGCCUACUCCUCCUCCACCGGUGGCGGCUUCGAGCUUCGUGCAGUCGCAGAGUUUGACCCUUGACUUCACGAAACCUAACAUUUUCGGCUCGAAUUCCAAGAGCGUGGAGCUGGAGUUCGCCAAGGACAGCUUCAGCUGCUCGUCUAAUUCGUCCUUCUUGUCCUCCGCGAUUACCGGCGACGGAAGCGUCUCGAACGGGAAGCUAGGGUCGUCGAUCUUCCUGUCCCCGCCGACGGCUUCCGCCGGGAAGCCGCCUCUCUCGUCGGCGCCCUACAGCAAGAAGCGGUGCCGCGAGCACGAUCACUCGGAAGAUCUGUCCGGGAGAUUCUCCGGCUCCACCACCACCAGCGGCGGCAAGUGCCAUUGCUCCAAGAGACGAAAAAAUCGGGUGAAGAAAACAAUUCGGGUCCCGGCGAUUAGCUCGAAGAUCGCUGAUAUCCCGCCGGACGAGCAUUCUUGGAGAAAGUACGGUCAGAAGCCGAUCAAGGGCUCCCCUUACCCAAGGGGUUAUUACAAAUGCAGCACGAUGAGGGGGUGUCCGGCGAGGAAGCACGUAGAGAGGGCGACCGACGAUCCGUCGAUGCUGAUCGUAACCUACGAAGGCGAGCACCGGCACACGCAGCCCGCCGCGGUGGUGGCUGGUUCCGGCGGAGUAGGGCUGGUGUUUGAGUCGACGUAA